UUAUUCAAUUUUGUUCCAAUUCUCUCACAAAUUGGCAUCUCUUUCUUCUUUCUUCUCUCUCUCAUUUCUCUCGUGAGAGAGUUAUGUCAAUAAGGCAAAAUAUCACAUUGUUUCCGAUUCCUACUUUCAUUUUCGCACAUUGAGCUUGGAAUAUAAUUUAUAAUGAUGAAGCAAAAAUCAGUAAUGUCGGCGCCGCCGUGGCUUGAGCCAUUACUGACGACGCCGUUCUUCUCAAUCUGCCACACGCACGGCGACGCCGCCAGAAGUGAGCGGAAUAUGUAUUGUCUUGAUUGCCACUCUGACGCAUUUUGCUUUUAUUGCCGCUCAUCACACCACAACGACCAUCAAGUCAUUCAGAUAAGGAGAUCUUCAUAUCAUGAUGUGGUGAGAGUGGCAGAAAUUGAAGAUGCUUUGGAUAUAAGUGGUGUACAAACAUAUGUGAUUAAUAGUGCUAGAGUAAUGUUUUUGAAUGAAAGACCUCAGCCAAAAGCUGGUAAAGGAGGAGCUCAUAUUUGUGAAAUUUGUGGAAGAAGCUUAUUGGAUCCUUUUCGUUUCUGUUCACUUGGCUGUAAGCUUGUAGGGGUGAAGAGAAAUGGGGAUGCAAGCUUUAACUUGGAGGCAAAGAAAGAGGCAAUGGGAAUAGAAAGAAGAGAAGGAAUUUCAUCAAGGAGAAGAAAAGGCAUUCCUCAUAGGGCACCUUUUGGGUCCUAAUUAAUUAUUGCCUUCCAAACCAAUUCUUUGAAGGCUUUUAAUCAUUCUACAUACCAUAAUUUGAGGUCUUUGUCCAUAAAAAUAUAGGGCACUCAUGGUGGGUAUGUCCCUAAAAAUAAAAAUAAAAAAAAUAAAAAAAUAAUUUCAUAUUUUUUUUAUAUAAAAAAAUUAGGGUAUAGGGGGAAAAAAGGUCUUCUCUUUCUAAAGCUUUGGGUCCCAUAUACAACAAAUUCUAUCUUGAGGAUGUGAAAGAAGCAAUAAUGGAGGAAUUGUUAUGUUGAUAAUUGUAAGGUGUAUAUUUGUUUAUUGAGAAAUUAAAUUUCCCCAAAAAAAAAGAGGAAAAAUUAGAACAUGUCCUUGUGGAGUCCGUUUCAUAGUUUUCGAGGGCCCACUGACCACAUGGGUCGUUUUAUAUAAAUAAAUACUUUAAUUGUAUUUUAUUAUUAUUAUCAUUAUUUUUUUUUAUGGUUAAACAACCAUAUUCAUCUUUA